AGUAGUUUGUUUAUUUGCUUAAAGCAAGAAGAAAGUGAAAGUGAAUAAUUUAAACAAAAUGUUUAAACACAGUGUUAAACAAUUAAGAAACUUUUCUGCUCAAGUAAAAGGGCAAGACAUAAAAUCUAAACUGGGUAUUAUAGGGGUGCCAUUUUCCAAAGGCCAAUCCAAAGCGGGUGUAGAACAGGCACCAGAUUUAUUGAGACAGCAGGGUUUAAUACAAACUUUACAGGAAACUUCUAGAGGCAGUUUAGCCAUUACCGACUAUGGCAAUUUAAAAUAUGAUCCAUUGAGUGAACCCGAGUCGUCAUAUUAUAAAAAUAUGAAAAACUAUGGCUCCUUUAUGAGUUGUAACAAGGCCUUGAUAGAGAAAAUACCACAGAUAUUACAGGAAAAUCAACAAUUCUUAUGUAUGGGCGGUGAUCAUGCUAUAGGUUUUGGUUCCGUGGCUGGCCAUUUGAAACACACUCCCAAUUUGUCUUUGGUAUGGGUUGAUGCUCAUGCUGAUAUUAAUUUACACACCACUACAGCCUCGGGUAAUAUCCAUGGUAUGCCCGUGUCGUUUCUAUUGGAAGAAUUAAGAGAUUUUUGGAAACAUGCUCAAUUAGAUGAUAUUGCUCCCAAUUGCUUGCGUGCCGAUCAAUUGGUUUACAUUGGUCUAAGGGACAUUGACCCUUAUGAAGCCUACAUUCUCAAUAAGCUGGGUAUACGAGCAUAUGCCAUGGAUUCCGUCGAUAAAUAUGGCAUUGCUAAAAUUAUGGAAAUGACCCUGGAUGCUUUGGAUGUUAAUAACAAAAUACACGUUAGUUUUGAUGUGGAUGCUUUGGACAGUAAGGUGGCGCCCAGUACUGGUACCGCCGUUUAUGGUGGUUUAUCUUUGCGCGAGGGCAUCUAUAUAGUGGAGAGUUUAAGUGAGACUAAACGAGUACAAGGUGUAGACUUGGUUGAACUCAAUCCUAGCUUGGGCUCAGCACAAGAUGUGAAAACAUCGGUAUCGGCCACCAUGGAAAUAUUGAAAACCAUAUGCGGGGGUUAUAGACGUAAAGGAAAUUAUGAAAAUAUAGAUGAAAGUCGAGUUAAUAUUAAAAUGAUGGACUGAAUUGAUUUGUAAAUGCUAGCCCAUAUAUUCACAGACAAUUUUUAAAUUUAAGAACAUUUCCAUACAAUAUUUGUUUUAUAAAUUUAAAAACUGUUUAUGAAUAUUAAAUGCAAAUUGCUUGUUAUUGUACUACUAAUAAAACUGCCUUAAAUUGUACAAUAAUUUUUUUUUAAUUUUAUUAUUACUUUUUAUUGUUAAUAAUAAGACAAUUUACAAAAAUAAAAAAUAAACAAAACAUGAGAAAA